AUGCAGGCCAUGUACAGAGAAAGCUGGAUCAGGGGGCACUGUCGUGUGGGGCUGGAGUUAAAACCGGAAGCGCGGGGCGGGGGAGGUCAGGGCAUCCCUCUCGAGGAUCAUGGACGCGUGCAGUUAAUGUGGACGAUGAUCACUGACUAUUGUGAGAUGUUCAAGAACACCAUCCGUGGGAAGUAUGAUCGGAAGCUUCAGCGCUACAUGUUCAACUUGCCUGGGGGCGACAGCAGCUCCAUGUCAGGUGGAGCCCAUGUGCGUCAGGUCAUGAAUGACUUUCUCGCCGACUACUUGGAUGUCCCAAUGACAGCAGAAAUGACUGAUGAUGACAUCGACCGUGCCAUCCGAAUGCACGAGGGUGACUCGCUUCCAGGAUUUCCUUCCCCAGACACCUUCGAGUACCUCGCAUUGCCGCACUUACAGAAGAUCUCCAUUCCUGCGGUGGAGUGUGUGCACAACGUUGCUUCGGCUCUGGACGUGUUGUCCCAGCGCAUGGCCCAGUCCGUUUUCCGCCGUUUCCCAAAACUGGCUGAGGUCUGUUUGGAGAUGACAGCAAACAUCAUCCAGGAGCAGAAGGACAAGACACGCAUUGUGGUGGAGCAGCAGGUCGCCUGCAGCGUCGGCUACCUCUUCACAAACGAUCCGUCUUACUUGACAGAACAUGGCUCCAUGGAACCAAUGUACGAAGACAAGGAGACUCUGGAGUUGCUCUGCCAAAAGGAGCAGAAGAGGCAGCCACCACCACCGGAGGAAGAGAAGAAGGACAACAAAGGGCCUUCACAAGUGGCCCCACGCAAAGUGUUGCAACAUGCCGCAACACUUGAGCUUGCUGAGGACCCUACCUUCGGUGAGAAAACUGUGCAGCAGAUCAAGGACAAUUCCAGUGCUGCGUACCAGAAGAUGAACACGGUAUUCGGCUUGUCACUCAGGGCGUUUCUCAACUUAAAUUCUUUGUGUCCCGACUUUGGCUCCCCCAGUGGACAGAAGCAGGCAGACAAAAAGAACCACCGAUACAGCGGGCCUUUUGUCAAGGAGAUCCGGAAGCGGUUGGACUCAUACCUGGCCAUCACAGUGCGCAACGUCCGCGACGCAGUGCCGAAGGCGAUUGGCUUCUAUCUCGUCAGGGCGGUGCAGGACAAGCUGCAGUUUGAGCUGCUGAACGCGCUGAACCAGAAGGAUAAGAUCUCUGAGCUCCUUGGCGAGCCGUCACUCAGACAGCAAUGGAGGGCUUUGUGA